AUAUAAAGAUACUAACCUUUUCAAAAAGUAAAUGUCGAAAAGUGUUUGCUUCUGUUUCGUUUUUUACUUAUAGUUGAUUGUAAUCGUAUAUAUUACUAACACCAUUCUUGACUGCGAAAAAGUAUUGUAUGAAGAGUUAUAUUCAUUACCUAUACUUUAAGAAAAAUUACAGUUGAAAAACACUUGAACCCCUUUGUUGUUUCUUAUUUUUUAAUUAAUUACGCACACGAUAAGUUUAGUUAUAAACGCUAAUUUUCUUCAAUUGCAAAACUUGAAAAAAUAUUAAAUAAUAUAUUUGUUGUAAUAUAAAAUCCUACGCAAUAUGUCACAAGAAUUUGUCAAGUUAGAUGGAAGUCUCGGCGAAGGAGGAGGACAGGUCUUGAGAAUUUCAUUAUGCUUGAGUGCACUGUACAGAAUCCCUAUAGAAAUAAACAAUAUAAGAGCAGGACGUCCAAAACCUGGCCUUUCAGCUCAACAUUUAAAAGGUGUUGAAUUGGUUCGAGAUAUGUGCAAUGCUCAUGUCACCGGUGCUCACAUAGGUUCUACUUGUUUAACAUUUAAACCAGGAUUUCUUCAAAAUAAAAAGCAAGAAUUUUUAGCGGACACAAGGACAGCUGGUUGCAUUUGUUUGCUUAUUCAAAUUGCUUUGCCUUGUGCAUUAUUUUCAUCCAAGGCAGCCACUUACAUUCUUAAGGGAGGUACAAAUGUACCUUUUGGACCACAGAUUGAAUACUUUACAAAUGUAUUUAGACCGCUGUUUAAAAGAUUUGGAGCAGACUUAAAUAUUGAUAUAGUAAGGAAAGGAUAUUAUCCACAGGGAGGAGGAGAGGUUCAUAUGCAUGUGAAUCCUAUUCAUAGUUUAACAGGUAUUGAAUUAAUUGAUGCUGGAAAUCCAGUUAAUAUUAUGGGCUGGUCAUUUGUUGCUGGAUGGACAAAGAUACACGAAGCUCAAAGAAUGGCAGAUGAUGCCAGAUCUAAUAUUAUUAGAGAAUUAUCCAAAAGAGACAUCACAGUACCUCCGAUUCAUCUAGUCACUUACCAGGAACAGAAAAAUAUUGCUGUGGGAAAUGGAUCUGGUAUCAAUUUAAUAUGCAAAACAACUACAGACUGUAUCUUUGGUGGUUCCGCUUUAGGCUCCAAACAUCAAGCUCCAACACCACCAGGAGUAGAAGCUGCUAAUCAACUGUUGUCUCCUAUUCUAAUUGAUGCCUGUGUCGAUGAACACUUACAGGAUCAAAUAAUCAUUUUAAUGGUUUUAGCCAAAGGCCCUUCAAAAGUCAAAGUUGGAAAAAAUCCAUUGACUUGCCAUGCUGAAACAGCAAAGCAAGUUGCAGAAAUCAUGUUGGGAAAUAGGGGACUAAGAUUUUCUUCGAGUCAAGAUAACAAUGGUUCACACAUUUUAGAAUGCAAUGGAUUAGGUUUAAUAAAUGAAUUCCUUAAUUGAGAUUGUGAUAAUUAUAAGUAUAUAGAUACUUGAUUACUUGUAUGAGGAUUCUACUUAUUGGAAUAAAUAUAAUUUUUUGUAGCUAAACAAAAGACUGUGUGCAUUAAUUUUUGUACAAAAAUGAACAAACAAAUGUGUAAAUUUGUAUUCAUACAUGACAUAAAAUUUUAUUUAUUAACAUUA